CUCGGAAAUGCAUCAUAGCUUUUUGAGCUAUUUAGUGGUCGAUUAAGAGAGGUCGGUCGGUUUAUAGAGGGUUUUUAUUUCCAUAUAUGGAAUAAAUAUUAACUCGGAAGUUCGAAGCGUCAAAAUACAGUAGGUGCAUCAAGACUUGAGUAGACUUUGUGGUAAGAAGCCAAAAAUGAAUGAACUUCAGCAGAAUUUCCGGCCGUCCACGAUGUCCGGUGUUAAAGGGGAGUCGCUCAGAGAACUAACAAAUCCCACCAUGAACGAUGCUUUGAAAAGUAAUUCUCAAAAUCUGGUUAAACUCAUAAAAACAGCUGGGGAGUUUAUUCACAAGAUUCGUAGUAUAAAGGAACAAUAUGCUCACAACCUCUUGUCUGCGGUGGAAACGUUUAGAAGAAAGAGCACAGAGAUGAAGAAAGAUAGGUGUGCUCUCAGUAGUUCCAUGAGUACAUGGGAGACAUUGCUUGGAGAAUAUGAAAGAGAAGCACAAGACAUGCUUAAGAUGUGUACAAAGUUAGCUCAAAAUGUGGACAAGCCGCUGUCAGAAGAAGCUGCAAAAAGAAAAGCCAUUUGCAAAAAGAUAUUUGCCUUUCGGGAAGCAGGAGAAAAUAGAAUUGAAAAAGCUGAGGAGGCCAGUCAAAAGCACUACAAACAGUAUUGUGAUGCAUGUACAAAAUUGAACAAAGCACAAAAURUGGAGCAAGCUAAAGAAGGAAAGCAAGAACAUUACACAACCCUUUGUCACAAUGCACAUAAUUCAUACGUACUUCAGUUAUCGGCACUAAAUGGAAUGCAGGAGGUUUUUUAUUCCACUUCUUUACCUCGAAUGUUAGAUGAUCUCCAAACAGUACUUGAGGAAGGCACACGAUCCAUGGCCCAAACGUUCAAAGUAUGCUCAAAUAUAGAAAAGGAAAAUCAUGAAGAGAGUAUCCAGAGACUUGCUAACCUGGAUAAAGUAUUUAAAAUGGUCGACAGUUCAACAGACAUUAUCAAUUUUGUGAAGAAUUCAAACAACCCUGGCCAAUACACUCUCCCUAAAAAAGCCUUCCAAAAACCAGAAGAUGGACAUGUUGUGUCUGUACCUGAUAACAAGCUGUCCCUUCACACGACAACAGAACCAGUCCUAAAAAGAAAAUAUAUUGCAUUAUCCAAAAAGUCUAGACAUUUAUCAAAUACAAUAGAGAAGGAAAGACUAACUCUCAGAUCUGUUAAGGGCUUAAGAGAUAGUUACACGCAAAACCCAUCUUAUGGCCGACCUGAUGAUGUGGAUAUCGAUAUUGUAAUACAGAAGAAUGGCAUAAGAAACAAAGAAUUGCACAAAGAAAUAACUGAUGCUCAGCUUAACCUGUUUACGCCAGACAUACAGCGAAAACUCCACAUCACAGAAAUGGAUUUAAAAGAUGAUGAGUAUGAUGAUGAUGAAAGUCUUCUGGAUGUGUAUGAUAAACGUCAAAGUAUGAUUUCCAACGUCAUGGCAAAACCAAAGACUACUCGUGCAGCCAAGCAUGACUUUGUAGAACAUACAUUCAAGAAACCAGUAUUUUGUUAUUACUGCAACAAACUUUUAAAAGGAUUCUUGAAGCAAGGCGUGAAGUGCAAGACAUGCCGAAUGAGUGUUCAUUAUAAAUGUCAAGAAAAUGUACCAGACUGUUCAGGCGAACUGCUGCCUUCAAAACGCAAGUCAGGUAUGGCAAAAGCAGCAGCAAGCUUGAGCUUUGACAGCGAAUUCGAUGACUUUGAUGAUUUUGAUGAUGCUUCGUACAGUGACAUAGAUGAGGCACCCACCCCACCCUCCAUCAGGAAGAUCCCACAGAAACCAUCACCGCCAAGACAUGCAGCUGAUCUUUACGAUGUAGCUGAGGAAUGUUUGGCAGGGAAUUCAUAUGGUGUAGCAUUAUAUGACUAUGGUGGAGAAAAUGCAGGCGAUCUCAAGUUAAGUGCUGGUGAUAAGAUAUCCUUAACCAACACUUCUGACAGUAAUUGGUGGGAGGGUACCUGUAAGGGACGAUCAGGCUUUUUCCCAGCAUCAUAUAUCCAGGAGAUCUCAAAAGAAAGCGUCAUUCUGAAGUGCCUGUUUGACUUCAAUGCUCAAGAAGGAGACGAACUCUCAGUCGUCGAGAAUCAAGUAUGGUUUGAUAUGCUGGGAUAUUUCGAAAAAUGGUUUUCUUAUGAAUACUGGGUAAAAACCCUGAAACAACCUCUGGGCUGAUCUAAGUCAGGGCAUGGCU